UCGAAACAAGCGAUCUUUUGUUGGCUUUUUAACACGGAUUUUUCCCUCGCCCCUAGCGUGAACGGCCGACUGCGCUUAACUUCACACCUUCACUUUCACUCUGUGCUUCAUCUUAUCAGUGGACCCAGCAGCCUGACACCUGCAGGCUUGCUGUGAAGUUGCUUUCUAACGCGCCUGUUCAGGAACGUCUCAACUCUCAGUUGUCGGUUUCUGUCUUUUAUCCCGACCCCUGCAUUCAAACUUAGGCGUGAUGAAUACAUCUACCUCUGCCUCGCAUGAACAAGCUAUGGAAAAUCAACCCUCAUCAGAUGAUCCACCAUUGUCCCUGCCGCAGCCAGACGCUCGCGAGCGUCCAUCCACAGCACAUGCAAGUGCUUCCCCUUCAUUAGGUCGUAGAACUUCUUAUCCUCCUGUUCCACUUCCUGCUGAACGCCCUUUCACUGUUCACGGCACCUCAAAUAUGCUCCCACGUGCUACAUUUGCCGCAGGCCCAUACAACUCCGCAAGUGCCCGGACAUCGUUCACUCGCGUUGAUGUCGAUAGCAUUCCGACCUUUGGAGCAUACCCUGCCCUUCCGAACUCAAACUUGGGACAAGCCUCGCCAGACACUACAGUGAACAACACUGAAGCAGUUGCGCUGUCUACCGCAGACGGACCUACUACACCAGAAAAUAUUGUACCUCAGACACCUCAAGUGUCCCUGUCAUUUCUCCUCGUCUCUGGCCGAAGGCGGACUAUGUCGUUCGAUCCAGCGAUAACAAUUGGGAGGGUCAAAGAGCUAGUGUGGAAUGCAUGGCCUGCAGAUUGGCAAGAUGAGAGUCCGCAAGCCCCAUCGCAUUUGCGAAUUCUUUACUUAGGCAAGAUUCUGCAAGAUGAGGACACUCUUACUCAUCUUUCAUUCCCAACUUCUAUACCGUCGGAUUCGUCUUCCCUGCCUACAAUCGUUCAUCUUUCCAUUCGCCCCUCUAACAUCUCAACGGUUGACGAUACUAUGAAGAAGAGACGCCUUAGCAAUGCAUUUUCCCGCAGGGGAACAGCAAUGAGCAACGACGCGGAGAUCGUACGCGAAGGUGACGAUACCGUGGGAUCGGGAUGUUGUGGAUGCAUCAUUUGCUAAUGAGGGUAGAGGUCCGACGAUUCAGAAAAUUCAUCGCUUUGGUCUGGGAGCAUGUCAAACCAAGAUGUAUCAGGUCAUUUCGGAAUGAGCGCAGAUGCGUGUGAUAUCUGCUAACAUCAUGCGGAAGAACUUUGUUUAUAUGGAGGAGGACUAGCUUUUUUACGAUGGUAUGCAACGUAUCUUUCGC